AGUUAGUUGCUCGGUCAGUGUUUCGUUUUUUUACUGAGUCACGGAAAAGUCGCAACCACUGUACCGCGGACGAGAAAAUUGCAAUUUUCCAUCGUAUAAUGUGCAUCCAGUAACCGGAAUAGUGUGUAAAAUCGGCCGGACCGUAGUGCAGUGUAUGGUCGGUUAGAUAAAUAUUAGUUGGAUGAAAAAAAAGAACAGUUCCGCGGCGAGGAAAAAAAAGAGGUGCAAAGGUGGUGACCAAAAAGAGGCAGCAGCAGUUUUUGCACGGUGUUGAGAGCAGUUCGGUCGGUUUUUGGGCAGCGGAAAACUGCAGAUAAUCGAUAAAUUGCUAGUGCCUAGUGCUGCUGGGAAGCGAGCGUGAAAAUACGGUGUUGGGUCAGGAGUGAGAGAGAGUGAGAGAGAGCGAGCAAAUUUCCAUCAGCUCAGGCUCUCAUCCGACGGACGGUUCUGCCCUGCGUUCGUUCGUUCGCUCACGCACCACGGCGAAGAGGUCAGUCACGGGCAGCAGGAGGUUGCGUGCGCAACGGGGGACUGGCGAGGGCAAUUAAGUGGUUUGCUGUCCCUGUCUCACAUGCAGCAACCCGACGGUAGUCCGUGGUGCUGCUAUCAUUUCGCUCCGACACCGUCAUCGUCGAUGCCGCUGUGACAUGCGUGAGCUCGCAGUGUCGUGAGGCGCGAGUGUGAGAGCGAGCGAGCGAGCGAGAGAGAGCGCGUGCAAGAAGUGCUCGUAUCAGCAGCGCGCCUGUGCGAGCAAGCUAGCACGAAGGGAUCGUCUCCGUGUGUGCGUGUGUGUUCGGUUGUGUGUGUGUGAGUGCGCGCGCGGAAAAAGAGGAAAAUUUUGCAUGAGUCGCGACGACGAGCAGUCGGAAAAGCCUGGAGUUGUGCUGUUUCGCCGAUUAGCCUAUAUCGACUAAGAAGAAGAACCGCUCCGUAACGACGACGACGGUGGAACGGCUUUCCUGUUGCUGUUGUGGUGUGGUUUGCACGGUGCGUGGAAACCAUCGGAACCCGGUUGUGCACUCCGGCACGCUCCCAAGCACCGGUUUGGCUGCAAAUCCACUCCCUUCCCAUAAUUUGCUGCAAAGCGUAGGGCCAACGACAGGAUCAUCUUAGCAACACAGGCUAGAGAACGAACCAUAUCCAGACGAGAGCAGGAGCAGUAGUAGAGUAACAGCCCUAGGAAGACAGCAACCGCUAGGACCAGUGCGAGAGAGAGAGAGAGAGAGAGAGAGUCAAGGAUGAACGAACUGGAAGCGCUACGACAGGAGGCGGAAACGCUGAAGAAUGCGAUCCGGGAUGCGCGAAAGGCGGCCUGCGAUACGUCGCUCGUCCAGGCGACCAACAAUCUCGAACCGAUCGGUCGGAUACAGAUGCGCACGAGACGCACCCUGCGCGGCCAUCUGGCGAAAAUCUACGCCAUGCACUGGGGCAGCGACUCGCGAAACCUGGUGUCGGCGUCGCAGGACGGUAAGCUGAUCGUAUGGGACUCGCACACCACCAACAAGGUGCACGCGAUCCCGCUUCGCUCGUCCUGGGUGAUGACGUGCGCGUACGCCCCCUCGGGAAACUUUGUCGCGUGCGGCGGGCUGGACAACAUCUGCUCGAUCUACAAUCUGAAGACGCGCGAAGGCAACGUGCGUGUGUCCCGCGAGCUUCCAGGACACACGGGCUAUCUGUCGUGCUGCCGGUUCCUGGACGAUAAUCAGAUUGUGACGAGCUCGGGCGACAUGUCCUGCGGACUGUGGGACAUCGAGACGGGACAACAGUGCACCUCGUUCCUAGGGCACACCGGGGACGUGAUGGCACUGUCCCUGUCGCCGCAGUGCCGGGUGUUUGUGUCCGGAGCGUGCGAUGCGUCGGCGAAGCUGUGGGACAUCCGGGAGGGCCAAUGCAAGCAGACUUUCCCGGGGCACGAGAGCGAUAUAAAUGCGGUCACCUUCUUCCCGAACGGACACGCCUUUGCGACGGGCUCGGACGAUGCCACCUGUCGGCUGUUUGACAUCCGGGCGGAUCAGGAGCUGGCGAUGUACUCGCACGACAACAUCAUCUGCGGCAUUACGUCCGUGGCGUUCUCGAAGUCGGGCCGAUUGCUGCUGGCAGGGUACGAUGACUUCAACUGUAACGUAUGGGACACGAUGAAGGCGGAACGGGCAGGCAUACUGGCCGGACACGACAAUCGGGUGUCCUGUUUAGGCGUUACGGAGAACGGCAUGGCCGUGGCGACCGGCUCCUGGGACUCGUUCCUGCGCGUGUGGAACUCACAACCGACAGCACACAGCACAACAAUGAACGAACUGGAGGCGCUACGACAGGAGGCGGAAACGCUGAAGAAUGCGAUCCGGGAUGCGCGAAAGGCGGCCUGCGAUACGUCGCUCGUCCAGGCAACCAACAAUCUCGAACCGAUCGGUCGGAUACAGAUGCGCACGAGACGCACCCUGCGCGGCCAUCUGGCGAAAAUCUACGCCAUGCACUGGGGCAGCGACUCGCGAAACCUGGUGUCGGCGUCGCAGGACGGUAAGCUGAUCGUAUGGGACUCGCACACCACCAACAAGGUGCACGCGAUCCCGCUGCGCUCGUCCUGGGUGAUGACGUGCGCGUACGCCCCCUCGGGAAACUUUGUCGCGUGCGGCGGGCUGGACAACAUCUGCUCGAUCUACAAUCUGAAGACGCGCGAGGGCAACGUGCGUGUGUCCCGCGAGCUUCCGGGGCACACGGGCUAUCUGUCGUGCUGCCGGUUCCUGGACGAUAAUCAGAUUGUGACGAGCUCGGGCGACAUGUCCUGCGGACUGUGGGACAUCGAGACGGGACAACAGUGCACCUCGUUCCUAGGGCACACCGGGGACGUGAUGGCACUGUCCCUGUCGCCGCAGUGCCGGGUGUUUGUGUCCGGAGCGUGCGAUGCGUCGGCGAAGCUGUGGGACAUCCGGGAGGGCCAAUGCAAGCAGACUUUCCCGGGGCACGAGAGCGAUAUCAAUGCGGUCACCUUCUUCCCGAACGGACACGCCUUUGCGACGGGCUCGGACGAUGCCACCUGCCGGCUGUUUGACAUCCGGGCGGAUCAGGAGCUGGCGAUGUACUCGCACGACAACAUCAUCUGCGGCAUUACGUCCGUGGCGUUCUCGAAGUCGGGCCGACUGCUGCUGGCAGGGUACGAUGACUUCAACUGCAACGUAUGGGAUACACUGAAGGCGGAACGGGCAGGCAUACUGGCCGGACACGAUAAUCGGGUGUCGUGUUUAGGCGUUACGGAGAACGGAAUGGCCGUGGCGACCGGCUCCUGGGACUCGUUCCUGCGGGUAUGGAAUUAAGUGUUACGCACAAGGGCAAGGGAGUAGCAGUAGAUGUGUAGAGCCAGGAGGUGGUGGCGGCCGAAACGCGAUGUCGAGUGGUGGUCGAGCGGUGCAGCAGACGUUCAGGAGCUGCCAUUUAGGUUAAUAACCAUAUACCCACACACACACACACGCAUACCAUAUAAAAUGAUACAGAUUUUUAUUAUUUCUGUUCCACACACACACACGCGCAGUCUUGUAAGGAGCAAAAACACAUCUGAUAUGAAGCUAGGUCCUAGCGCGCCUGAUGAUGAUGAUGAUGACCGAUCGAUCGAUGCCCCUUUUUAUAAAACACAAGAGACCCGUAAGGCGUCCCGUCUGUGCAAUAGAGUGGCGCACAAAGCAGCACAAACUCACUCACGAGACAAGCUUUUCCUACCCCGAACAGAAAGAAGCAGAAGAAAAAACAAAGUGUGUGUGUGUGUGUGUGUGUAUGCGUAUAAGUUUAAUAUGAAGCAAAAGCCCAAUAUUCAAAACAGAACGCGGACAGCACGAGCAAGAAUGUGCUGCUGCAAGUUAGAAGAGGAGGAAAAAAAAAUAAUGCAAGGGACAGAAACAACAACGGUCGUAGUUAUUUAUAUCGAAACUAUUAAACUAUUCGCGCGUAAACACAAUUCAAUCAUUAUCACCGGCAAGAAUCAAGAAAACCCCACUCAAACAAACUGAUUUCAUUUUGGAUAAAUGCUGAAGCAGUAAAAUAAUACGGAAGAAGGUAAUCAAUCCACAAGUUGCGUGGAGCGAGCCGGAGGGAAGCGAUAGAAUACUUAGCGAAGCAGCUUCAAGAGUAAAGUAAAACAUAUGUUGAUGAUUAAAGCGACGGUUUUGUUGACGGCAGCAGAACAAAUGUAUAAUAUCAGCUCUAAAAGCGAAAUCUAAUUUAAAGAUGAUUUGCACAAGGAGGAGAACCGCAGCUGACUUUGCGUGACGCAAGUGGACAGUGGUUGGGUUUGCAUUUUAUUUCGAGACGAGAAAAACCAAUUGCUUGCUUUUCUAUCUCCCCUUCCCACUCUCUCUUUUAAUGCAUUUUUCCCCGCCUGUGGGUUAAAAGAUGCGAGAAAUACGUUCUAAAUAGCCGUCGGUACUCUAAGGCCGUUGUAAACGUUUUGCAACAUGCGUACGCUAAUACUACUACUACUACUACUACUACUACAUAAUGCAACACACUUUUACACAAACACGAACAUAAUUAGGUAAAGAAUACAGAAUUGCCGGUGUGGCCGGCGAUGGAAAACAAACACUAUGGAAUACUGCACUACACGCAAAGUACUAGAGUAAAGGUCCCUCCCCCCCCCCUCCCCCCAUCGGUAAGUGGAAGAAAAACAAGGAACACACAAGGAAAAGAAAGAAACACACACAACUUAUACUAAUAUUUGUCCCUGUAAUAUAUAUGAUCGUAAGCUAGUGAACGAGUAGUAGAUGAAACGAGGCGUGUUUAGUGGACGAUAACGUUUAAGUAAAUUGCAAAUAAACAAUUGAAGAAAAUAGAACAAAAACAAAACAAUGACCACCCAAGGUAUGGCAAUCCCCGUUUUUGAAUCGUUUUUGCAUGUUUUGUUUUACAGUGUUGUUUUCUGUUUUGUUUUCUGCGUUUUCUGGUUUCGUUUCGUUUUUUCAUUUGUUUUAUUGUGUUGACACUUUUUUUUCUUUUUCUAGGAGUUUUAUGGUUUUCUUUAAUUAGAAUUUUUUUAAACAAUUUAGCUGCUGAAAAAACCACAACAAAAAUGAGAAACACUAGCAACCAGCAGAGCCAUCUUUUGGGAAAAAAGAGAAAAUUGAAAACCACGCACACACACGUAAGAGGAGUAACGAAAUCAAAUGAAAUAAAUGAAGUAUAUCAAAGAAGAAGAAAAAAAGGUAGGAGAGGAGGUCGAUUGUGUUUGUCUUUAAUUUUGAAAAGUAAAUUUGUCGAGGAAGCUGAUGUAAAUUCAACGCAACUAAGCAAACUCACACAUACGCUCUCUCGCUCUCUCUCUGUCUUUUUCACACACCCCAACUCACUACAUUUUCAUAAAGAAACAGAGGAAAAAAUAGAUAAAAAGCAGCACCGAUCAGUGAUAAUAAAUGUAAUUGACCAACGUAACGAGUAAAAGCCUGGUAAACUAAACCACAGAACAUACAAACACGCUCAAUCCAGCAAUAGGCAAACAGAACAAAGCAUACAAAAGAUGAGUACAGUGGAGUUGAAAAAAGGGAAAGGAAAAUCACAGCAAAACCACCACGAUACAGCUGCAUUAAAUGCAACUUAUUUGCAAGCAAAAAAACGAGGCAUUUUUCGUUAUGAUGGCACCUCCUCCAAUACAGUGACUCAAAUGUGAACUCGGACACCGGAUCGCUGAGGAACGGCUUGCUUAAUCUAAAGCUGAACAGAAGUCAGAAAGAUCAAGCAAAGUAAUCCAGUACCUAAUGAUUGAACUUAUUAUACUAUAGUAAUUAUUUAAAGUUGAACUCUCUAUACCCUUGUUGAAGCAUCCGUUGUUUUCCAUUUUAGGCCACUUGAGAACCAAUUUUUGAUCUGAAGGAUAUGUUGGGCCUGGCUGGUAGGAAGGUGUGAAGAUAAUAGUUAUCCAGCCUCAGGUUAAUAAUAUCUACGUCAAUGUUCAAGGUGUCCGGUUUUCCGUUUGAAGCACUGUAUAGAGAGACAUUGGUGGAUCGCAGCAGGCGUUACGAGCCGUGUGCACCGACAUAGUUGCUGCGCUAACAAGGGAGGCGCAGAAAAUACAAUUUGCAGCACACAAAUAAAGAUCAGAAUGCACGAGAACUUUUCCAACAGUUUGAAAACCGACUAGUCGCAGGUACUUUAUUGUUUUUUCACCGGGGACAUGCAUUUCAUUUGGCACACUAAUCGCUGGGGGGAGGCGGGAAAUGCCGGAGCGGAAAUGGGGUUGUUUUAUAGGAACGAAAACGAACCCAUUCUUGCAGCAUCCAAAGCUCCACGGUACAGAGAGCUUACUGCGCCACCAGGAACCGGGCAUGGGAAAGCGAAGGUUUGAAUAAUUGAAGAGGCUGGACCUCAUACGGAGUGGGCGCAUUUGGGUAAUGUGUUUCGCGUGACGUUAACCGGUGAGCCGAAUCAAAGCACAACAGCACAGGAGGGAGAUGUGGCCACGUGGCUCACAGGAACUCUUCUCACACUGGAGAAAGUGAAAUAAGGAGUCUUUUCGUAUGCUUUCAACUUUCAAAAUGCUGUGCGGGUCCGAGUAACCGAGUUCUUCUCGAGCGCGAAAAGCUCGUAAAGAAGCGAACAAAAUUCUUAAAGCGGAAAAUGCAACAGAAGAAGCAGAAACACAGAGGGAGCGGAACGCAAAACACUUACCCGUAGAAACUUAUCAUUCGUGUGUGUGUGUGUUACCAUUGUGCAAAAAGUGCUUCAUUACAAGAUAAAAAAACAAGAGGAAGAGGCAAAAAAACUAGAAACGAUAAAUUUGAUAAGGAGAACAAGUGAAAGGGAAUGAGCGUAAUAAUUGUAUGGUAUUCAAUCAAAUGAAAAACAAAAACACUCACUCACACUCAGCAAACAACAACAGCAAAAAACAAAAAAACGAACAAACAAGGGAGAAACGCGAAAAGGGAAGAAUAAAGUAAAAAAAUACAAAACGAGAAAAAGAAAAACAAAAAACAGCUAAACAAUGUGAGAACAAAAAGGUGGAAAAGUGUAGCGUAACUAGUGUUUAGUGGUAACUAUAUAGCAUCAAAUGGGAGAAAAGCGAACGGUAAAAAAAAAUAAAAGAAGAAUAAGAAGAGGAAGAAGAAGAACACAUACAACAUACCAAAUAUCCAUGGCAUAAAACACAUGAAGCAAAAAGAGGAGAACAAAAAAGAGAGGAGAAAAAAUCAACACGCAUUAUGCGGAUGCGGCUGUGAACUAGCCGUCAAACAGUUAUAUUACAACAAAAAAGAAGCAAACUAAGAAUAAUAUAAUAACAAAAAAUUGGAAAAAAAAUCUAACCAACCAACCACCACAAAACAUCCGGCUUGAACGUGGUAAAACUCAGCGAUGCAUACUACAUUUGCCAAAGGAAACGAAAGAAUAGCAACCGAAAAGAGAGAAGAGCAAACAAUACACGCAUUGAGCGCUUGAGAAAUGGCAUUGUAGUGGGUGGGAAAAUUGAAAUGCAAACAAAAAAG